UGGUCUAGAGAGAUUAGAUCAACUAAUCCCUAGGGCCAGGAAGAUACCAAUCUCUGUUGAGAUUCUGAAUGUCCAGAGCCAUUGAAGAAUUCUACUCAUAGAGCAGGAGAGACAAUCCUUCACACAAUCUGCUACCCAUGAACACAUCCUUUCCAGCUAGAAGAUAGUGUGGCAAAUAUGCAUGCUGGAAAACUUUGGGUUCUAAGAAGAUACUACUUUAUUUUUGGUGAUGGAAUUCAAUGUAACAGUCAUUUCUUGCUCUAUAUAAAGGAAAGGCUGCAAAUGGAGAAUGACUUUAGUACACCAAUGGUUUGAAGGAAUCUGGCUGCUGCUCAGCCAAGUUUCCACAGCACCCCAACCAGGAUGGUGGGAAGAGGUUGUUCAGAUGUGUGGUCGCCAAUUAGUCCGAGAAGUGAUCAACAUUUGUGGCCAUGCCACCUGGAACAGGCCAGUGAGAUAUCCCCAUCGGAGAUCUGCAGAUAUCAUGCCGUCCUCCCUCAAUGAAGAUGCAGGUGCCUUCAAUAUGAUGUUGGGAUUCAGUCCUAAUUUGCCACAACAGCUGAGGGCAACACCAUCUGAGAGGCUGCCAUUGUCACUAGAGCUACAACGACAAGAACCUGCAAUAGAGGAUUCAAAGCCUAGUCCUGAAGAGUUGAAGGAUAUUAUUCACAAUAGACAAGGGGAAGCAGAAAAUAGCCUUUCAAAAUUAGAAUACUUAAGCUUGAAUACUCAUUCCCGAAAAAAGCGACAGAUCAAUGAAGAUUCGCUGACUGAGAAAUGUUGCCAACGUAAAUGUACCAGAAGAUUUAUGCUUAAAUUUUGCUAAGAUGAAGCUAAUUGUGCACAUCUUACCUGAUGCUCACAUGUAUUCUUGAUGAGAUUUUUACUGAUAUCUCUUUCUGGCUGCAUGAUUAUUAGAAUACGAGAAAUGACUAUAUUGUUUGAUUUUUUUCAUUUGAUGUGAAAGGAAAUGUACUUUCUGUUUUGUAGUUUCUGUGAAUAAAACUUCUUGUGCUGAAA